AUGUCGGUUGAUGAUUGUAGAAAUCAAGUAAUGAACUGUACUGAAGCCGAUGAGGUACGAGUUGAAGUCAAUCAAAGGCAUUUGAUUGAUAAAAUGUUGGCACGAUAUGCGUCCGAGUUUGUAAUAUUCAGGGAAUUGAUGCAAAACGCAGAUGAUGCAAAGUCUACAACCGUCGAGAUAAUAUUUAAUAUUGAAAAAUCUGGUAAACUCAAUACAAUUACGGGUAUAAAUGAUGUCAGACAUACAAAAUAUGCAAGAAUUCAAUUCAGAAAUAAUGGAUUCGCUUUUAGACCAGAGGAUUGGAAUCGAUUAAAGAAGAUUGCCGAAGGAAAUCCUGAUGAAAAAAAGGUACUCAAUCUUCCCGAAACAUUGGCUAGAAUUGGCGCUUUCGGUGUUGGAUUUUAUUCCCUAUUUUCCGUUUGUGAACAACCAUUUGUGUCUUCUGGCGGACAGGGUAUGGCAUUUUAUUGGCAUGGCGAUCAAUUAUUAGCGAAGCAAGCUACAACAAGCGUAAAAGAUGAAUGGACUACAUUUCUAAUGGAUGUGAGAGAACCUACAGAAUUGCCAGAUUUGGACAGAUUUGGUCGAUUUUUGGCCACCUCACUGGGAUUUACUGUUAACCUUCGUGAAGUUUCUGUAUAUUUUGAUGAUCAUAGUCACUGCAUUAUUCAUUUAAAAAAACAAAUGGGUAGCCCACGACCAAUGGCAAUCCGAUCUGACAUAAACAAAAAUUCUCCAAAAAAUAUGUUUAAACUCGAAUCGGUCGAAGUGCGUGAUGUACAAUUUAGCGUUCACAGAAUUAUUCCGUCAGAUGUGUCAUUAUCCAAGUCUUUAUUCAGUAGUUAUCCAAAAGAAAAUGCAUCAAUACAUCUUUGUGUCGCUAGCGGUAACUUGAAGGUUCAAGUUCAGAAAGAAUUUGUUGCAGAAAUGGAACGAAUGACAAAGAAAAAACCUCCUAGUCAAACCACUAUGCAAUUGAUUUUCACUAGAAACGAUGAUAACUUUGAAUUUAAAAAUAAUAUGUCUAAGAUUUUCCAAGAUUUAUUACCAUUUCCUGAACAAGGUCGGGUCUUUAUUGGUUUCCGAACGCAUCAAACAACCGGCUGUUCUGUACAUAUAGCAGCUCGCGUUAUUCCAACAGUUGAACGAGAAUCAAUAGAUUUUGCUGAUAAAACUUUGUCUGCGUAUAAUAGCGAAAUGUUGUGUUUAGCCGGUGUAUUGUGUCGCUUAUUAUAUGAAGACGAAAUGAAUCAAGUAGCAAACUCAUAUCUAAAGAUGAAGUUGACAGAUUCAGUCCGAGAAUUACUUGAGAAACGUGCGGCGCAUGCACUUGCUCAUUUUAACUUUCAUCCAAGCACACCAGAUCCUCAAGCAGGGAAAAUAAUCGAAACCCAAUUUUUCAAUUGUGAUGACUCAUCAUGGUUUCCAAUUACAUCCACCAGUUGUGUCGAUACAAUCAGUAAAAUACGAUUACCUAAUCCAGAGGUGAUGACUUUUGUAAAAUCAGUUCCUGUUGUUCCAAAAAUCGUGAUAGAUCAAUGUGAAGCAUUUUUCAAAAAAGCAAAAGACAAAAAACUUAUCGAAGAAAUUUCGAUAAAUGAUGUAUUCAAGGAAUUAAAAAGCCGAAUUCUAAGUCAGGAAGAAAUAGUAGACUUAAUACAAUGGUGGAUAUCAUAUUGUUCAAAGCAAAGUGUCCCAAAAGAUCAAUUUGAUCAAUUUAUGAAGUUAGCUAUUAUACGUGUUGGAAAAUCUGAUUUAUCUCUGAGAAACAUUCGUCAUUUCUUGAAUCCAUGUAAGAUUCAACCAGAUGCUGAUCUACCACCUAAUUUAUUGCCAUAUUGCAUUAGUAAAAAGUUCAAUAAAGAUGACUUUAAAUGUUUUAAUUGGACAGAACUUUCACCAGUUGAAUGGACAAAAUAUAUUGUUGAAAAACCUGAAUUAGAGAACGAUGCUAAAUAUGUGGAUAAAUUUUGGGAAGUCCUUUCUCGAAAUAUUAAUUCGAUCAGUAAUGCUGACCAAAUCAUAAUUUAUAAAUUGCUCUGUAAAAAAAAAUGUAUGCCUACUAAUCUUGGUUUGAAAAGACCGAAAUAUACAUAUUUUCCAAAUGUGACCCUUUUCUCUGACUUACCUAACGUUAACAUGAAGUAUUUCAACAAAAUUCCCGAAAAAUUCUUCAUAAAAUUGGGAGUACGCAAGUGUGCAGAGUUGGAACUUGUCUUUGAUCGUUUGGCUAGUUCAGGAAAUUUUGAUCACACGCAGCUUGUGAAAUAUUUCACUCAGAAUGAGGAAAACCUUAAGAAAAGAGAAAUUGAAAAAUUAAAGUCUACAGCAAUUUGGUUAAGAGAACAGCAAGUUGAAAAUGUUAACGUGAUAAAACAUGGAAAGAGUGGGGCUGGAAAUAAUAUUCCAAGGCUUGAAGGUCAAAGAUAUCUUGCAAAGGAUUUGUACGUCCCAUAUGUUCAAAAUAGAGAUCUUGAAUUACCCAUAAUCCAGUGGAAGGGAAGAUGGAACAAUUACAUGAAUGAAGAAAAAUUUCUUAUCAAGCUGGGUAUACAACUUCAUCCAUCUCUUCAAACUAUACUUAAACUUGCAACACCAGUUACGAAUAUUACAAUUCGUAACAAAGCUCUUGAUUAUUUUAUUAAAAAUUUCGAUAUUUACCGCAAAGAGUACGAUGCAAACUUAGUCCAAGAGAAAUUCUUACCUUGCAUUGAUGAUACUUAUGCCAAACCAUCAGAAUGUUUCUCAAAUUGUGAAUGUAUGGUAAUGAGAUUCAACGCUUUACGUAAAGAUUUGUGUAAUCGAGCUGAAGAAUUGGGUGUCCAGCAACAUCCACAAUCUAAACAGUUGUUGCAAAGGUUAUCGCAAGAACCACCAAAGAGUAUCUAUGAAGCAGAGAAGAUUUUCAAUUACUUGGCAUCACGCAGAGGUGAUUUAGACCAUUGGGAUUGGAAAACCCUUGCAAAUCUCAGCUUCAUACCUGUCCAGAACAAAUCUUUAUCUAGUAAAAUUACUUACGCUACACCGAAAAAUUGUUUUUUGAAAAGUUCGGAUGAAAGAUUCGUCAAGCUCUUUCCUCACGUUGACUUUGGGGAAAAAGCAAAUAAAUUUUUGGAAAACUGUGGUGUCAGAUUAAAUCCGUCCUCAACAACUCUUGCAGAGCUUCUAAUUACAUCGUCCGAAGAAUUUUAUGAUGAUGUAGAUAAAUAUAUCACGAUUCUCAACAUUAUAGCCUGUGAUUUGAAUUCGAUAGAAAAUAAUAAGAGUCUACUUAAUAAAAUGGGUCAAUCCCCAAUUCUGUUGGGUGUAAAGAAACCUGAGCAAUUUCACUUGGCUAGGGCAAAGGAUAUAUUUAUAUACGAUAAUCCAUAUUAUGCAAAAAUCUUUAAUCCAUUGGUUUGCACAUUUAAUGACAAUUUGAAAAAACUAUAUAUAACAUUAGGGUGUCGGUCGCUGGAUGAAAGUGUCAAGGAAAUGCCUCAGCUGAAAGGCAAUGUGACAACAUCACAAGCUUCAGACGAAGUGCAACAAAGAAUUCUAGAGCGCUUACCUAUCUAUUAUGGCGAUAUUACCAACGACAACAUUAGAAAUGACGAGGAAUGGAUCAAAAAAUUGAAAGUUAAAGAGAUUCACGAGAUCAAUAUUAGUUAUACGCUUGAUGCCAUCGUAAAAAUUGAACCAGCUCGUGCCUGUGUUUAUUCAGAAAGUAAUAACUCUUUGACUUUAUGUGUUACUCGAAGUAAAAUAGAUUAUUUUGACAUCUCAAAGGCUUUGCUCAAUUAUAUUCAUAAGCAUUUUCGACGCGAGAAUAUUUCACAUAUGUACAACAUUUUAACGCAGUCACAAGAGUUUCUAAAGCGAUUAUGUCCUUCCAAUUAUGUUCUAAAGGUAAACAAGGAUAAAAUACAUGGAUCAUUAUCGAAAAAAAAAUGGUCAGCUCCUGUGUCAUUUAGGACUCUGGAAGCUUUACAAAAUGAAUUACUUAAUUUGAUAAAUUCUUGCCAGUCCAACUUAGAAGGCACCAUAGAUAAUCAAGCCGUAACUAACACUUUGACAGAUUGUAAAACAUAUUGCGACGUUAUACCAGAGUUGUCAUUGACUUAUGUUGGAAUUAAAAAUGAAAUCAAGCUUUACAUUGCAAAAAAUCUGGAUUCUUCCAUCAUCUUAUCUAAAUCUAUGGAAAAUACAUUAAUGUGUUUUAUUAACAUUCUCAUAAAUCUCGCUGAUAUCUUUGGCCUUACGCGCGAUAAAAUUCACAUAUUUUAUGAUAAUGAUUCAUCAUCUAUUGCCUUUAAUCGUCAAAAUGUUUUAUUUUUCAGUCUUAAGUAUUAUAUUGAAUCACAUUAUUCUGAAAAUUCAACGCUUUCUGGUAAUGCUAUGAUAUCUUGGUUCAUGACAUUUUGUCAUGAGUUAGCGCAUAAUGCUAUUAAACAACAUAGUUCCAAACAUGAG